AUGGCAGUCAAUAUGGAUAGAAUGAGGCCGGUGUAUGUUAGGCAGAAGAGCAAUUCCACUAGUGGCACGCCGGGAGCGCCAAGUUCUCCUUCGAUGACUUCUCCGAUAAUGCACCACCAUUCAAGGUCAGGGUCCGUUGGAAUGACUGGUGGCAAGAAAGCACAGAACACGAAAGCCGCGGCGCAAAGGCUUGCACAUGUCAUGGCACACAAACCCACUGAUGACGACGAUGAGGAUGAUGAUGAUCUCUCUUUUGAUCUAGGCUUGUCAAGCGGCGCCGGCGGCAUCGGACUUGGCGGUGGUGGAAGAGCAAUCCGACCUCGCUCGCCCAUAGUAAAUUCAGCUCGUACUGUUCAAGAGCCAGCUUCAUCUGCAAGGACAACAGCAGCACCAGGUGGUCGAUCAGCUCUAUCUGUCAAGACUGCUCGCUCUGUAGAACAACCACCACCAUCAACUAUGCGACCAUUUCAAUCCAUCAACUCUGUGGAACCACAAGCAAGCCGGCCAUCUCCGUCUAUAAAUAAUAGACCAAUCAACUCUCUAGAACAAUCACCAUAUUCCCUUCGUUCUUCGAUUAAUCUUAGAUCAUCUCAGCCUUCCAACUCUGUUGAACAGCCUAAUUCUGCUCGUUCUAUGUCAGAACAACCGCAGUCUCUUCGUCCUUCAUUAGGUGCAAGAUCAUCUCAGAGUACUAGUACCAUUGAGCAACCAAACUCGGCUCGUUCUAUGGCAGCUGCAGCAGUACGUCCACAGUUUGGAACCAAGCCAGUCCACAUGGUACCGUCUAGUGUACCUAUAUCACUUAGGCCGUCCCCUUCUGCAGAUACUCCUGCUGAGAGUAAGAGAGAUCCCAGGUUAUCUAUGGAUUUAGGAAAUCUGAACCUAAGAGACACUGGAUCUCAGGAUUCUUCUGCUUUACAAGAUGAGCUUGAUAUGCUACAAGAAGAAAAUGAUAGUUUACUUGAAAAGCUUCGACUUGCAGAAGAGAGGAUUGAGGAAACAGAGGCAAGGGCUAGGCAGCUUGAGAAACAGGUUGCUAGUCUCGGAGAAGGUGUAACUUUGGAAGCUCGUCUUAUCAGCAGGAAAGGUUUCAAGUGUCAUGCUGCUUUGAGAGCGGCUGCACAAACUCAUGAUGACAGAAAUGAUGAAGCUGAGUCCGAACUGCAUACAAUUCGGAUUAUGACUCAGAGAAUGAUACUGACUCGUGAAGAGAAGGAAGACGUUGUUUUGAAGAGAUCUUGGCUUGCUCGGUACUGGAGUUUAUGUGCUGAACAUGGUAUACAUGCUGACAUUGCUACAGCACGACAUGAAUUCUGGUCAUCUCUUGCUCCUCUUCCUGUUGAAGCUGUACUAGAAGCGGGAAACAAAGCGAGAGAGCAGACAGUUGAGGAGCAAAACGAUGUAUAUGAAAGAGAGUAUAGUCCAAGGGAUGUGAAUGAACUCUCGGGAGAGGGAAAUAUUGAGAACAUGCUUUUAGUGGAGCAAGGUCUGCGUGAACUAGCAUCAUUGAAGGUAGAGGAUGCAGUGGCAAUUAUAAUGGCUCGACAUCGGCACCCCAAUUCUUCCUCUUUCAUCGUUGGUGUAGAGGUAAAGGUACCAGCUGGGGGACAGUUCGAAGGUUUUGAAUUGAGCAAAGAGGAGUGUGAUGAUGUGUUCUUCAAGCAGGCUUGGCUUACAUACUUCUGGAGAAGAGCGAAAAAUCAUGGUCUAGAAGCAGAUAUAGUAGAUGAUCGUUUGCAAUUCUGGAUGAACCGCAACACUAAUCCACCGACUUCACAUGAUGCAGUUGAUGUUGAACGUGGUCUCCUGGAGCUUAGAAAGUUGGGAAUCGAAACCAAACUAUGGGCUAAAUCUCGCAAAGGGCUUGAGCAUGAUUCGAUCCCUAUAAUACAACAGUCUGACUUCUGA